AUGCGGCACAAGGGCUUCGAGGAGCACAGAAAAGACAAACAGGAGCAAGACAAAGAUUUUGUCACUUUCUACAAGAGAGACAACAUCCAGUGGGCGUCGCCACUUCAGUGCAAACUUCAAGGGGAUGUGGCAACAGGAAGUGGAGUCAGCCGUCACAUGAUGUCGACAGUGAUCUACAAGCUUAUAAGUGGAUUCCAUAUAAACUUAGGAAAUGCAGCCAUCACGAAACUCUUCGAAGGUGAGUGCGAUCACCAAAUACCCUCAGUUUCCCGUGAACUGCUCGACAGGGACAUGUUCACCAUCGCCGGCCGGAUGAUCGGCCAUUCCUUCUUGCGCCACGGCCCAAGUUUCCCAGGACUCAGCACAGCCAUUAUGCACACUCUCUUUGAAGGCUUGCUGGAGACGACUCCUGUGACAAUACGAGACUGCCCUGACCUCGACAUCCGUGACGCAGUCGAAAUGCUUGAAGGAGAUGCUGAAUUAAAAGAAUCUGACUCCGUCCAUCAGCUCUGCCGCUCGUGGAACCUGCCAGCACCAAAUGCCACCAACAGGAAACAGCUGUCUCAGAAGAUUCUCUUUCAUGCUGUUAUUGAACAAACUAGGCCUCAAAUCAUUCAAUUCCGAAAAGGUUUAAAAGAGACCGGACUGUGGCUGCUGCUCAUUCACAGAAGAGAUGCAAUCCCAAUCUUGUUUCCCAGAGAAUCAGAGGCAGAACUCACUCCUCAGAUGAUCUUGGAUUGCAUCAUAUGGCCCUCGUCUGUAACGGUCGUUUUUGACAGCUUCAGAGAAGAUGAUGUUGACGAGUCCGACAUCAUGGAUGUACAUCGAGUGACUCUCUACCUGAAAACAUUUAUCGAAAAUGGCUGUUUCCUGAACACACGCUGGUGCUGCAUUAACGCCUCUCAGAUCAAGGAAUCGAACCUGUCCAUCAUCACUGAGCGACAGAGCAGCACGUAA